AUGAAAACCCUGCUCAAAAUCUUUGAGUGGGCCACUCUUAGAUUGGAAAGGGGUGCAAAAGAGAAAAAUCACCCUCUUUACAAACCAUAUUCAAAUGCAAUCAUUGCCAAGGAGCCAACCUCACUGGAAGAAGAGAUUAAAGAGAUCCGACGCAGUGGGAGCAACAAAGACUUGGACUCGGCAACAGAGUUUGAGAUGUCGGACAUCUUUUACUUCGCUCGUCAAGGAGUGGAAAGCAUUAUGGACGAUGAAGUCACAAAAAGGUUCUCUGCAGAGGAACUAGAAUCUUGGAACCUGCUCACUCGGAGCAACUACAACUUCCACUAUAUCAGCCUCAGACUGACUGUCCUCUGGGGCCUGGGGCUGCUCAUCCGCUAUGGGCUCCUACUGCCACUCAGGGUAACUCUUGCCUUCACUGGCGUGGGCCUCCUUGUGUUUCUCACCUCUUUGAUUGGAUUAUUACCAAAUGGAAGGAUAAAAAACAUGUUGAGUGAAAAAGUGCAUUUGAUGUGCUAUAGAAUAUGUGUCAGAGCGUUGACUGCAAUCAUCACAUACCAUGACAGUGAAAACAAACCCAAGAACGGAGGAAUCUGCGUCGCCAACCAUACCUCACCUAUUGAUGUAAUUAUCCUUGCGAGCGAUGGCUGCUAUGCAAUGGUUGGGCAGAUACACGGUGGUUUGAUGGGAGUGAUUCAGAGAUCCAUGGUGAAGGCCUGUCCACACAUAUGGUUUGAACGCUCGGAGGUCAAAGACAGACAUCUCGUGGCCAAAAGAUUAAGUGACCAUGUGGAAGACAAAACUAAACUCCCAAUUCUUAUUUUUCCAGAAGGUACUUGCAUCAACAACACAUCUGUUAUGAUGUUUAAGAAAGGAAGCUUUGAGAUUGGUGGUAAUGUUUACCCAGUUGCUAUUAAGUAUGAUCCACGGUUUGGAGAUGCCUUUUGGAACAGUAGCAAGUUUGGAAUGGUAAGCUACCUCCUGCGCAUGAUGAGCAGCUGGGCCAUAGUGUGCAGUGUGUGGUACCUUCCACCAAUGUCACGUGAGGAAGGGGAAGAUGCUGUACAGUUUGCCAAUCGUGUGAAGGCAGCCAUUGCGAGGCAGGGGGGAUUGGUUGACCUCCUGUGGGAUGGAGGCCUGAAGCGAGACAAGGUAAAAGAUACCUUCAAAGAAGAACAACAGAAGCUGUACAGCAAAAUGCUUGUGGGAACACAAGAGGACCGCAGUCGUUCGUGA